UGUUGACAGGUUUUCACUGUUAGGUGUUCAUUUUGUGAAUAAAAUUUACAUUAUUGAGUUGAAAACUGAUAUUUGUGUCGCGGAGUGGUAAAAUAACCGUUCUCAAUACUUCUGAAUGCAUAAAAAAUACUUUCCCUCGAUUUUCCUAAAUUGAGCUAAAUCAUUUACAUGCGCAGCACCUGAGUGCAUGGUGGAUGCAAAAACGCAUGCAUACAUGCACAUAUUUUAUGUGCUUCGGAAAAAGAAUGAAAAUUUAUAGUGUGAUUAUGCAAGAGCUCAAUCAAACAACCCAACUAUCGAUGGAAUGCUCCUUACAUCCACAAGUGAAAAGUUUGCGCUAUAUUCGAAUGACAUUCAGGUCUUGCCAAGGAGCAAUUGCAGGCAAAGGUCCUUCCGGAAUGGCUGCUGCAAAGCGAAGACAAAGUCAACAGAAUUCUGAACUAGACCAGGAUAAGUUCCAGUUGCCUAUUAUUAUCUUAGGCUCGGCUGAAAAUAAUACCAUUCCAAUAAUAGGUGCGAAUUGAUUACACUGGCGGCCAGAAAGUCUGUCUAAUUAUGAAUCAAAACAACUCUCGAAAGUUUACUAUGAGGCAUAUAUGACAGGAACAAGUCAGAUUAUCACUUGGCCUCAUCCUACCGCAAAUCUAAUUCUAAAGUCGCGUUACCUAUUGAUUUUCAGUUAUUCUAACCGGAGUAGAUGAAAUAAAUUGAUUUGAUUUGCAUAUCAAUCUGAAAGUGGCUAGCAUGCGGUUCUGAGUUAAUUCAAAUUUAACCUUGUCACCAAGUCUCGCUCUGUAAACUAGCAUUAAAUUUCGGACAUUUCGGCUGCGGCCACUACAUAAAAUUGUAGAUUUUCGAUUGAAAUAUGCGGCGCAAGGGUCAAAUGAGCUGUUUUGGAAAUUGGAAAUGUUAUGGAGAAGUCCGUGAUUUUGGAUUCGUAAUCGUGUGGGUAGUGGGUAGUGGGUAGUGGGCAGGCAGGGUGGAAAGAAUAUGUAUUUUGUUGUGUUGUCUCGUAUGGCGGAAUUUUCAUUUCAAUUUCAUUGACGAACUAUAGCUAUCGUCACGGCAAACUUAAAGAAUUUUGUCAGCCGGGUCCCAGGAUUCAGCUGCAGGCACCAGAAACCAAGUCAAGAUCAAACCAUACACAG